AUGAUUGCUAGUACCUUGUUUUUAACUUUAGUCGUUGAUGAUCUUUGCGGGGUUUGUUUAUGUGUUUCUGCUAUUGGAAGAUACACGAGCAAUGACGGUGAGGCCCAUAAAGAUAAAAAUCCGUUUGCUUCAAGGAAGCGCAAUGCACCAACGGAGGAUAUCUCAAAUGAAGACAUUGCUGAGUCCGGAGAUAAUCAAGAAGCUGCUCAGUUAUCAAAAGCAAAAGCUAUGGACGCAAUCGCUGAAGCUGCUUCUGUUUUAAAAGAUGGAGAAAUCAUCCUGAUUCAUUCUGGUAGCGAGCUGGAUGAGAAACUCGAUGCUGCUUCAAAGGCAUCUCGGCUCUCAGUUCUCUACUUCACCACAACGUGGUGUGGGCCCUGCCGUUACGUCGGCCCUGUUUUCACUAGCUUGGCUGGUAAGUACCCAAAAGUCGUUUUCUUGAAAGUGGACAUCGAUGAGACUAGAGAGGUUGCUGCUGAAUGGGACAUCAGAAGCAUCCCGACCUUCAUCUUCGUCAGAAAUGGUGAGGAGGUGGAUGAGCUCGUCACGGUGGACAAAAAUGUGCUCAAGCAGAAGAUUGCUCAGCAUGCCUCAUGAAUCUUGACCUCCCCUUUAGGAUGAUUAAAUGAAUAAGUUGCCUCAACGACACCGUAUUGCAGAGGCACUACUUUUUAAAAGUUAGUUGGAGAGUUGAAGACGCGGGUAACAUUUGCAAUU